AUGCAGUCCGCCCUCUUCCACUUCGACGCCCUACUCCUGGUGAUCCUCCUAUUAAUCUGCACGUGCACAUACGUCCGCCAGACAGUCCCAGGAAUGGUCGAUUCGAGGAAGGAUAAGAACAUGUCUGUUUUCCCUUUCCGUUCCCCCGCCCCAACUCCUCUAACCCUGUCUACCACAGCUUCUUCGGUAUGUUCUGGAAGUUCGCACGUAUCGGGGAGCGAUUGUCUCCGUAUGUUAGUAUCUGCUGUAUUAUUAUGGCUGUGAGUAAAUUGGUU